CGCCAAUUCACCCUCUCAGCCACACAAAAUGAAUCCCUAAAAACCAUCAUCGUCCCGCCCAUGGCGGAAUCCAUUUCUGAAGGAACAGUCGGAUCAUUUCAUAAGCAGGUGGGCGACUAUGUUGAGGUAGACGAGGAGAUUGCCUCGAUUGAGACGGAUAAAAUUGAUGUUUCGGUGACUGCUACUUCGGCGGGUGUUAUUAGAAAGUUGUUGGCUGGGGAGGGGGAUAGUGUUGCUGUUGACCAGGGGUUGGUGGAGAUUGAUGUUGAUGCUGCGAAGGGAGAGAAGACUGCGGUUAAGGAGGUGAAAGAAGAGAAGGUUGAGGAACAAGUUGAGAAGGCUCCAGUUGAGGAAUUGAAGCCUGAGCCAGCUGCUCCAGCUGUAUCUUCUACACCUUCAUCCACCCCUACAGCCUCAGCUCAGCAAUUCCCCGGCUACAAAGGCAGCCGAGCAGAAGAAAGAAUCAAAAUGACACGCGUCCGCAAACGCACCGCCGAACGCCUCAAAGAAUCCCAAACUACAACCGCCUUCCUAACCACCUUCAACGAAGUCGACAUGACCAACAUCAUGGCCUUUCGCGAGAAACACAAAGAUUCUGUUCUCGAAAAACACGCUACAAAGCUCGGCUUCAUGGGCCCUGUUGCGCGCGCGUCCGCACUCGCCCUGAAACAAAUCCCGUCUGUGAAUGCGAUGAUUGAGAAUGAGGAUACAAUCGUAUACAGAGAUUAUAUCGAUUUAAGUGUUGCGGUUGCUACGCCCAAGGGAUUGGUGACGCCUGUCUUGAGGAAUAUCGAGAGUAUGAAUAUUGUUGAGAUUGAGGCGGGGAUUGCUGCGUUGGGGAAGAAGGCCCGCGAUGGCAAAUUGACCCUCGAAGAUCUGUCUGGCGGCAGCUUCACCAUCAGCAACAGCGGAAUCUGGGGAUCACUAUUUGGGACGCCUAUUAUCAACAUGCCGCAGACUGCUGUCUUGGGUAUUUAUGGUAUUCAAGAUCGACCGGUUGCGGUGGAUGGGAGGGUGGAGAUUCGUCCUAUGAUGUAUACUGCCCUGACAUAUGAUCAUCGCCUGAUUGACGGACGAGAAGCGGUGACUUUCCUGACGUUGAUUUCCAAGUAUUUGCAAGAUCCGGCGAGUAUGCUGUUGGAUUGAUGCAUUAUAUCACUUGAAUACCACUUUUUUCCAGUUUUAC